AUGUGGAAUGUUUUAGAGAAUGUGCACUCUUGGAAAAAGGUCUAUUUCCCCGCGUCCGUGACGUAUAUCAUGGAGCGCGCCUUUAUGGGAUGUGCAAGCUUGUCAGAUGUCCAUUUAGUGGAAGGAUUACAAGUCAUUGAAGAGGGUGCCUUUGCGGACUGUGUCUCCUUGGCGGCCAUCCAAAUCCCAUCGACAGUCGAAAGCGUCGCCUAUGAAGCCUUUUCAAAUUGUCAAUCAUUGAUUUGCAUCGAGAUUUCUUCUUCCAGCUCGGUCGAACUUUGUGAUGGUGCCUUGGUUGGAUGUCAAUCCUUAGUCAAUAUCUGCCUUCCCAAAACUAACAAGGACGAGAAAUACUCCUAUCUAGAAUCGUGGAGAUUUCACGGUUGCCCCUUACUUCAGCAGCAGUACGAUUGCUGGUUGUUGGGCCGAAUGGUAAAGGCUCGAUUCAACGUACAUCCAAUUCACUUUAAAUGCUACCAUGCUUCCGAGACUACCGCGGAGGAACUGCGGCUUGCCAUCCAGUCAUCAUUCGGAACGAGGAAAGAUGAAGAUGAGAGCGAUCUGCUACUAAUGGAUUCGUUUGGAAUGACGCCAUUUCAUGUAUUAUUGGCGUCAGCCAAAGCUCGGAUGGAUUUGUUACUCGUUUUGCUCUAA